AUCAGUUUUCGGGGUGAAAAGUCGUCCUCUUGAAGACUGGCACUCAUCCACAACUCAACUCCCCCACAAGCCGAUUCAGAAUGGCGUUCCGUGGUGAUUCGCGUGGUCGUGGCGGAUUUCGAGGUGGUGACAGAGGAAGAGGAUCGUUUGGAUUUGGAGGUCGAGGCGGAGGUCGAGGUGGUUUCCAACAACAAAGCUAUGGUCCUCCUGAUCAAGUGUUUGAAAUGGGCAAAUUCCUGCACGCUUCUGAAGGAGAACUUGUCUGCGAAUCAAUCAACCCUAAGAUCCCCUACUUCAACGCUCCUAUCUACCUCGAAAACAAGACGUCAAUAGGAAAAGUGGACGAAAUUCUAGGACCCAUUAACCAGGUCUAUUUCACCAUCAAGCCGCAAGAAGGUAUUCAAGCGACAUCUUUCAAAGAGGGAGACAAAUUUUACAUUGGUGGCGACAAGCUAUUGCCAUUGGAGAAAUUUCUACCCAAGCCUAAGCCUCCACCAGGAACCAAAGUGAAGAAGCCAGUCGGUACUCGUGGUGGCGCAAGAGGAUCUUUUGGCCGAGGCGCUCCUAGAGGUCGAGGUGGCUCGUUUGGCGGUGGCCGUGGUGCCCCUCGAGGCCGUGGAGGAUCUUUCGGUGGUGGUCGUGGUGCUCCCAGGGGAGGCAGCCGAGGAGGAUCAUUCGGCGGACGAGGAGGAGGCUUCUCAAGAGGAGCUCCUAGAGGUCGAGGCCGAGGCUUCUAAACAAGCAGUGGUUGUACUGGAUCAUGGGCACAGGGCUGGUUUGGCGUUGGUGGUGAUACCCUUUCCAACGGCGGGGAAUAGCGGACAAAAAUGUUUUAGGACAGGACUGGAAGAUCAGAGACGAUCCUGGUCCUUAUUGUUCGUCAGAUGUUUACACCUGACUUGCGAGUCACUGCUGCUAUUCCAUGUCAAAAGACUGAAAAGGAAACCUGCUUCAAUGAAUGUAGACACGUGACUGGUAAUCCAAAAGUGUGGCGUCUUUUGUGUGGCUAUUGUGUGGCCAUCAAUUGUGGC